AUGUCCGAUCCCCCGCAGGACCUGCUAGAUGGCAUUUCCGGUGCACUGGCCAAGGAGGGCGAUGUCCUGCAGAUGAUUCUGGUGACGUUUAUCGGACUGUCCUGCUACAAUGUCGCGGAGCUGGUGGUGCUGGUACUGUCGACAUUCCGACGAUGGCACGGUCUGUACUUCUGGUCGCUGCUAGCAUCGGGCUGUAUCGGGGUGGUGCCGUACUCGAUCGGGUUCCUGAUGAAAUUCUUCACGGGGACCGACUCGGUGUUGUCAGUGACCGUACUAACCGUCGGCUGGUGGACUAUGGUAACUGGUCAGUCAAUUGUGCUGUACUCGCGGCUACACCUGGUGCUCCGGGAUGAGCGCGCGCUGCGGCGAGUGUUCUGCCUCAUCGUGGCCAAUGUCUUCCUGCUGCACAUCCCAACGACGAUCCUAACAUAUGGUGCCAACAUCGUGCACGGCGGCGAGGCCGCCUGGAUCGAUGGGUACAACAUCAUGGAGAAGAUCCAGCUGACCGGGUUCACGAUCCAAGAGAGCCUGCUUUCGACGCUGUAUGUGAUCGAAACGGCCAAGCUGCUGCGUCUAGGCGCCGACGUUGCCUCCCGCCCCGACGCGCGCACGAUUCUAUACCAGCUCCUCGGCAUCAACUGUACCAUCAUCGCCAUGGACCUGCUGCUGCUGGGACUCGAGUACGCCAACCUCUACGCGGUGCAGAUUACACUCAAGGGCUUUAUUUACUCGCUCAAGCUCAAGCUCGAGUUUGCUGUGCUCGGCCGUCUGGUUGAUAUCAUCCAGGGCUCGCGGCACCCCGUCUCUGUGGCCAUUGCUGACACAGUGCCGCUGUGCCCGGUCCAGCGCGAGUCUGACCCGCCUGAUGUGUCCAUCGGAAGUACAGCUGAUGCUCCGUGCGAGCCCAAGGAGUUUCUGGCUUCGUCGACCGAAGCUCGCGUGGUUGAGAGAAGAGUUGUGGAUCCAGGGCCAGGGCCUUGA